GCCGGCCGCCGAUCAGUCGAGCGAGUGACGUUCGCGCGUUUGCAUCGCUUUGAUCUUGUCCUUUUGCACAUAGCUGAAAGGUGAAAGUCUCUGACGGAACGGUCGCUCGUGCACGUAGCCCCGUCGAUCGUAGUUGUCGUUGCACCUCGUAUCACUCAGCCGGGGUUCUUUUCCGACGCCGCGAGCAGUAUAUAUAUCUCGUUUCCUCGUUUCACAUCCGUUGUCGUCAUUUUUCUCGAGAUCUUUCGCAUCGUCGCCGGCGAAGCAAGAGCAGCAGCAGCUGACGACACGACGAACACAACGACGACGACGACGACGACGACGACCAGGACCGUGUCAGUGUACGUCCAUCGCCGGGCGUUCUCGCGAAAUCAUGGAGGUCCUGUCGUGCCCUGUCAAUGUGGACUUCAGCAACACCAGAGCUGAAAGCGCGACGGACGAGUUGGACGGUGCUUGCCAGGCGCUGGCCAAGAGGCUGGAAGUAGAGCUUAGGAGGGCUAAACACGCUCAGCUGGCUUGUGGCGAGGUCCUGCUGCCGGCUGACUUGCUACCCAAGAUAGCCAAAGAUGUACUUAACAUGGCAGAGAAUGAGCCUUGCGGCCUCCGAGGCUGCACGCUGUUCAUCAGUUUCGAGACGGACAGUGUGUGUCGCAAACUGUCGAAAAUACAGUGCGACCCCAGCGCUGUGUCGACCUUCGAGCUUUAUCUCACGCUGAAGCAAGACCACACGUCCUGGCAUAUCCUGCUACCUCAAUUCUUAAAAAAUCUCACGCGUGGUGGCACCAUCAUGAUCAGCAGGGACUUCACCCUGCAGAAGAAGAAACUCUACAGGUCCUACCAGCAGUCUCAUUGAGAGGUCUCCAUAUCGCCGGAUGCAAACCCGGAUGAUUUUGUAAGUUCAUGAACUCCCGUUUUGCCAAUGAGCGUAAACGGCGGUGCACAGCCAUUUUUUGUCAGUCUGCCGUCCCAUGGGCGUGUCAGUCGAAUUUGUACAAUACCGGAAAAGACCAGGAGGAAGAAUCGGGACAGCGGAAACGACGAUGCGAAUCCUGAAGAUGUGGACACUGUUGCUGUGUCAAUGCGGUAUGUUGCGUUUAACCCUUUAAUCGCGCAAACUUUGCGAACGCGAGCAGUCCAUCAGAAGGUGCCCGUAAAAGAGAGGGAAAGUUAUGAAGGGAAAUUGUGUGUUUAGAAUUUAAUCGACAAGUAAGGCAACUAAAUGUGUAGAGACGUCGAUUUACGGUAACACGGUUGCAGUUUGGACGCAACUGUACUUUUUUCGAGGAACAAGGAAAAAUGUAGAUUCUGUGUCGGUUGUCGACAUUUAAUAGUAUAUGUAGACAUGAUAAUUCAAGAACUCGCGUAUCCACGGAUCCAGUUGUUAUUGAAGAAAUCGAGGAAGUAAAGAAUCUCUGGGUCUAAGAACCUCAAGGAUCUUCGACAUCUCGAAGAGUUUGAGUACUAGAGUCGGGAGUGCAGCGACGAGUAGAAUUCGAGACGUUGAAAAUUUUAAGUUCGAACUUCUACGAUCUGCACAAGUUCUAAAUUUGAGGUAUGAGAACAACUAGAUACGAGGUGCACGAGAACUCUUGAAGAUCUGGAAAGUCAGCUUUUGCGAGACCGAAGAUUCGCGUAGAAUUUAAGGUAACUAAUAAUUUCGAGACGUGAGGAUUCGCGAAGUUGAAGUUGCGACCGGCAAAGUAAACGGUAAGUCCAGCUCGUCUCCAGUGCUGAACAGCGAAUCGAUUGAAGGGUUAACGUCAACACGACCGCGAUAUCGGCUUUUUGGUUUUGUCCUGCUGUCACUUUUGCAAUAUUAUAUUCGGGGAGAGGCCUAUGCGUUCGAUAAUUGUGAUAGCGCGAGACAAGUUCUGGCAGUAGCAGAUCUAUCGCGAGGAGAGGCUCGCGCCUUCGUUUUUCGAAGAAGAUAUGUGAUUAUAAGACUUUUAACAAAUUUCACGUGAUACGUAGUGUAUAUGAUUAGUUUUAGAGUGCGCGUUUUACUGAUUAAUCGUAGUCAGGUAGCUAUAGUCGUGUCGAAUAUUUAGUGAUGAUCUUUCGAGAGUGUGUCGCUCUCGGCAUGAGAGCGAACACGUCUACUUUUUCGUUGAAGGUGGAUGAUCAUAUUGGAACAAUGUGGCAGCAUAUUUUCCACUAAUGACCCUUUAUGGAAAUCCCGCAGGCCAGCCCGGAAGAAAUGGACAUCGGUGAAAUUGUUACUUGCAGAUUGUAAUCGAAUUAUUUGGAAAAUUGGAGUUAUAUAUUCGGAGAUUGGACGAGAUGAACCAAGCCUUGAAGUUUCGAUUCUUUUCUGAAUUUCACGCAAAGAAUUAAAGAAUUUUUGUCGAAAACAGGGCUUUCAAGUUUUCAGUUUUCGGCAAAAAAUUCCAUUUCUCUCAAAUAAUUGAAAAAUUCAAGACAAUUCUGACAGUACGCUCACGGUGCACUCCUUUUUUGGGAUGUCCUGUAGAUUGAUAAAUGAUGCAAAAGUUCAGCCUAUCCCGUCAUUCCAUCUUACGAUCUUCCCCCUCGUUAAUUUCUCUCUUCAUAAUAGUCAAUAUAAAAAAUCUCAUUAAAUUAUAAUAAUAAAAUUAUUUUCUCGCGAUGUCGCGAUAUCGGAUCCAUGAAUAUAUUAGCAUUCACGCAUAAUUGUGUCGAACACGGUUCGUAUAAGUUGUAAACUUGUCGCGAUAAGGCGCGAUAGCGCGCUUUCGGUUUUCAAUUCUGCGGGCCGGUUUAAUUCUUUUUUCUUGAUUCGAAAUCCCGUCACUUCGAUAUCUCGUCGCGUUCGUCGAAAUCCUGCUUCACCAUGUCUCUUUUCGUGAAUAUAAAUUAUUUCAAUCAAAUUGAACAAUUAUUCAUUUUCGACAAAUUUCCCUAAAGUGCGGCAAGCGCGAUAGAUUUUUCGUUUGUGAUAUUAACAGAAAUAUUAAGAUUCCUGAACGAAAAAUUGACGGAGAGCAAAGUGGUACAACUUCGAUUGCUUCGACGCAACGCAUUUCAACUCGCUAAUAGGCGAACAAUAAACAAAUCAACGUUAUCGCGUAACAGAUAUAUAUAUAUAUAUAUGUAUAUAUAUAUAUAUAUAUAUUUGCUAGAUUAGAUAAGUAAACUCUUAACUCACAAUCAGAAUCGAUCCAUCUCGAAACUAUACCGCUUUCAAUUCCGCUUCGAACAGAUUUUCGUAGAUCAACAGCGACGAGUCGAACUCAGGCCGGUUGUUUGAAAGCGCUGAAAAGGAGAAAGUCGAGUUAUAAAGAAGGGUUAACGCUUCACCGUUGUAUUAUUAUAUUAUCGUUUUCGUUGCAGUUUAUAUUGUUUAUUGUUAUUAUCAAUAUUAUUGUAGGUUUUUUGACUAUUGUACGUAUUACUGCUUCAUUACGCGUCGCGGUUAAUGGCCGUUCGCGUUCUCCUCUCGUCUGCACGUUUCUUGAUUCUCUAUUCUAUCGCGAUCUUACGCUUUGGUGUUUCUCUCUUCCUUUUAAUUAGUUCGCUUCUGUCGUCGGUCGCUUUUCGUCGCAAUGCGCGACGAUCGGAGACUACUGGCGGAUAUUGUGAUAUUAAGAAUUACGAAAUGCUUACGAGAAGGAAGCAAGUGUGUGAUUGUCGUUAGAACUUAGAUUAAAGAUGCUCUCGUGCAUCGUGAAGCUUUUCUUUGGACAGUAGAGAGAAGUCGGUAGAGAGUGAGAGAAAGAGAGAGAGAGAGAGAGAGAGAGACAGAGAGACAGAGAGAG